CAAAAAUCAGAAGUCUCUCUCUCUCUAGCUCACAGUACUUUAUUUUAACCCUACAAAAAUAAGAAGCUCAUCGGAACUCUCUCUGUCUCUUUGUCUCUCUCUCUCUCGCACAGUUUCUCUCUCUAAAGCUGCGGCCGAUGGUGGAAGCAUUUUUCCAGUUCAAUUUCCUCAGCAUUUGAAGCUACCGAACGCCGUCAAGCAGUUCGAUACACGGGAUUAUUGAUAAGGCGCUUCAGAUUCCAAUCGGCGAGUUGAUUGCCUUUUGAACUCUACAAGGCAAAUUCUUGGGAUUAUUUGAACAAUUCAUCGAUGGAGUCUUCACAGUCACAGAGGAGAGGAGGACUGGUGUCCAUCUCGCCAUCACAGACACCGCGGUCGAGUGAUAAGGCAGUGCGAGAUCUGCGAUCAGGGGAUUCAAACUCAAGCCAUAAGCAUGACAGAGAUAAAGGCGUGAAUGUGCAGGUCCUUCUGCGAUGCAGGCCACUGAAUGAGGAUGAGUUGAAGGUGCAUACACCAGUUGUGAUUUCGUGUAACGAGAGCAGAAGAGAAGUUUCUGCGAUUCAGAACAUAGCCAACAAGCAGAUUGACAGAACUUUUGUAUUUGACAAGGUAUUUGGUCCAACAUCCCAGCAGAAGGACCUGUAUGAUCAUGCUGUAUCCCCAAUUGUUAAUGAAGUUCUUGAGGGCUAUAAUUGCACUAUCUUUGCCUAUGGACAGACAGGAACAGGGAAAACAUACACAAUGGAAGGAGGGGCAAGGAAGAAGAAUGGGGAAUUUCCAAGCGAUGCAGGUGUUAUCCCAAGAGCUGUUCGGCAAAUUUUUAAUAUAUUAGAAGCUCAAAAUGCUGAGUACAGCAUGAAAGUUACAUUUCUAGAGCUGUACAAUGAGGAAAUAACCGACCUUCUUGCUCCAGAGGAGUGUUCUAAAUUCAUAGAUGACAAAUCCAAGAAACCCAUAGCUCUCAUGGAAGAUGGAAAGGGGGGUGUUUUUGUUAGGGGCUUAGAAGAAGAGAUAGUAUGUACUGCAAAUGAAAUUUAUAAAAUCUUAGAGAAAGGUUCUGCUAAAAGGCAAACAGCAGAGACUCUUCUCAACAAGCAAAGUAGUCGUUCUCACGCAGUAUUUUCCAUCACAAUUCACAUUAAGGAGUGUACACCAGAGGGGGAAGAGAUGAUCAAAUGUGGCAAGCUAAAUCUUGUUGAUCUUGCUGGUUCUGAGAAUAUUUCACGUUCAGGUGCAAGAGAGGGCAGAGCAAGAGAAGCUGGGGAGAUCAAUAAAAGUUUGCUUACACUUGGUCGUGUCAUUAAUGCACUUGUUGAGCACUCUGGUCAUGUUCCAUAUAGGGAUAGCAAAUUAACAAGGUUAUUGAGGGAUUCCUUGGGUGGAAAAACAAAGACGUGCAUAAUUGCCACAAUAUCGCCCUCUAUCCAUUGUUUGGAAGAGACACUCAGCACGCUAGAUUAUGCUAACCGAGCCAAGAAUAUCAAGAACAAACCAGAGAUUAAUCAGAAGAUGAUGAAAUCUGCAAUGAUCAAGGAUCUAUACUCUGAAAUAGAUCGACUUAAGCAAGAGGUAUAUGCUGCACGAGAGAAAAAUGGAAUCUACAUUCCACGAGAUCGUUAUCUUCAUGAAGAAGCAGAGAAGAAGGCAAUGUCUGAAAAAAUAGAGCGCAUGGAACUUGAGUCAGAAUCCAAGGACAAGCAACUGAUGGAGCUUCAGGAACUCCAUAAUUCUCAGCAAAUUCUGACAACUGAAUUAACUGAUAAGCUCGAAAGAACUGAGAAAAAGCUCGAGGAAACUGAACAUGCAUUGUUUGAUCUUGAAGAAAGGCACAGGCAGGCAAAUGUGACUAUUAAAGAAAAGGAAUAUUUAAUAUCUAACCUCCUCAAAUCUGAGAAAGCACUUGUCGAGCGCGCAUUUGAACUUCGUGCAGAGCUAGAGAAUGCUGCAUCUGAUGUGUCCAGCUUAUUUUCUAAAAUUGAGCGUAAGGAUAAAAUUGAAGAUAACAACAGAAUUCUAAUCCAGAAAUUUCAGUCUGAAUUAACUCAACAGCUUGAAACCUUGCAUAAGACUGUAGCAGCUUCUGUGACACAGCAAGAGUUGCAACUGAAAGAUAUGGAGGAAGAUAUGCAGUCUUUCGUAUCCACAAAGGCAGAGGCUACUGAAGAACUUCGAGGACGGUUAGGGAAGUUGAAAACCAUGUGCGGUUCUGGUAUUAAAGCUUUGGAUGAUAUAGCAGGGGAACUUGAUGAAAAUUCUCAGUCAACUUUUGGAGAUAUAAAUUCAGAAGUUUAUAAGAACUCUUCUGCGCUUGAGAAUCUUUUCAAAGGUAUUGCUUCUGAGGCUGAUGCAUUACUUGAUGAUCUUCAAAGUAGUCUACACAAUCAGGAGGAGAAGCUAACUGCAUAUGCGCAACAACAGCGUGAGGCACAUUCUAGAGCUGUAGACACCACAAGGUCAAUUUCUAAAACAACAGUGAACUUCUUUAAGACGCUAGAUACACAUGCAUCCAAAUUGACCCAAAUUGUUGAAGAAGCUCAGACAGUCAAUGACCAGAAAUUAUCUGAACUUGAAAAGAAGUUUGAGGAAUGUGCUGCCAAUGAAGAAAGACAGCUGUUAGAGAAAGUGGCAGAGCUUCUGGCAAGCUCCAAUGCACGGAAGAAAAAUUUGGUUCAAAUGGCAGUGCAUGGUCUUCGCGAGAGUGCAGCCGCUAGAACCAGUAAACUACAGAAUGAAAUGUUGACCUUGAAAGAAUCCACUUCUUCUAUCAAAGGCGAAUGGACUGUUUACAUGGAUAAAACUGAAAAACGCUAUUUGGAAGAUACUGCUACUGUGGAAAGGGGAAAAGAUGACCUGGAUGAGGUUCUUCAGAACUGUUUGAAGAAGGCAAAACUUGGUGCACAACAAUGGCACACUGCUCAAGAAUCCUUGCUCAGUCUAGAAAAGAGCAAUGUUGCUUCUGUGGAUUCCAUUGUUAGGAGAGGAUUGGAAGCCAAUCAAACCCUACGCACUCGAUUUUCUUCUUCUGUUUCAUCUGCACUUGAUGAUGUUGACACUGCAAACAAGAAUAUCCUCUCCUCUGUCGAUUAUUCAUUACAACUUGACCACGAUGCACGCUCAAAUCUUGAUUCUAUGAUUGCCCCUUGUUGCGGAGAUUUGAGGCAAUUGAAAGGCAGUCACUACCACAAGAUUGUGGAAAUCACGGAAAAUGCAGGACAAUGUCUUCUAGAGGAAUACACGGUAGGGGACAAAAAGCAGUGCUUAGGUAGUGCUGAUUGGUUUUGGUUUAGUCUUUUAUCUGGUUUUUCAUCCUUUUAUGACCAACAGGUGGAUGAACCAUCUUGCUCAACCCCGAGAAAAAGGUCAUUCAAUCUACCCAGCAUGGCCUCCAUUGAAGAACUCAGGACCCCUGCUUUCGAAGAAUUGUUAAAGUCAUUUUGGGAUGCAAAAUCUGCAAAGCAAGCAAAUGGAGACAUAAAGCAUAUUUUAGGGGCAUACGAGUCUGCACAAUCCUUCAGAGACUCCAGAGUUCCUCUCACUGCUAUCAACUAAAAUAGGGAGGGAGUGGAAACAUAAUGGAUAAGAUGAGUAUAGUAUGAAGAAGGCAUGUACAGUAUAUGUCCUCUCACUGUUAAUUGUUUGUUCAAAGAAUUUCAUGGUGGAGGCAGGGAAAUAUAUAGUUAUUUUUUUAAAUAUCCAUUUUCAUUGGGGGAGGGGCUUCAGUCCGUUGAGGUUUCUCUUAUUAUGACAAUUGCAUUGGGAUCAAUGAUAGAAAUUAUUGAGUGUUUGUGCAUUAGGUUUUGGUGUUCAUAACUCAAUGUCAACAAUUCCAUGAUUUUUAUUAAUGGGAUAAUUUGUAUGGUUAUGAUU